AUGAAGGCAGAGAUUGAACAAGAGCUUUCCCAUGUCUUGUUGACAGAACUGCUUGCCUAUCAGUUUGCUUCCCCUGUUCGUUGGAUCGAGACUCAAGAUGUUUUCCUGAGAGACUUUAAUACUGAACGCGUUGUUGAAAUUGGUCCAUCUCCGACAUUGGCAGGCAUGGCAUCUCGUACUAUCAAAGCCAAGUACGAGUCUUAUGAUGCAGCCCUCUCACUUCAGAGACAGGUGUUGUGCUACUCGAAAGACCAAAAGGAGAUCUAUUACACUCCAGAUCCUUCUGAGCUGGUGACUUCGCCUGAGCCGGAAACCACUUCCAAAGAAUCGGUUUCAAACAAUCUCACAACGGCUCAGACUCAGGUUGCGGCACCUGCACCGGUUUCUGCAGCUCCUGUGCAGGCUGUCGAUGUCCCAGACGAGCCUGUCAAGGCCGCUCUGAUUUUGCAAACAUUGGUGGCUCACAAACUGAAGAGGCCUCUUGCAGAUAUCCCUAUGAGCAAGGCAAUAAAAGAUUUGGUUGGCGGUAAAUCUACCGUCCAGAAUGAAAUUCUGGGUGAUCUGGGAAAGGAAUUUGGCUCUACCCCCGAAAAGCCGGAGGAUAGCCCCCUGCAAGAAUUGGCCGAUCAGUUUCAGGAUACAUUUCCGGGAUCUCUGGGUAAACAGUCCUCUUCUCUUAUUGCUCGGUUGAUGAGUUCAAAAAUGCCAGGUGGGUUUUCAGUUGGUGUGGCAAGAAAAUAUCUUCAGUCAAGAUGGGGCUUGGGCGCCGGUAGACAAGAUUCUGUUUUGUUACAUGCGUUAGGUAAGGAGCCCGAUCAGAGAUUGGGAUCCGAAGCCGAUGCAAAGUCAUUUUUGGAUGCGGCUGCUCAGGUCUACGCUUCCCAGGCCGGAAUUACUCUUGCACAGGUUUCGUCUCAAUCUAGUGGUGCUUCUGGUUCUGCUGCUGUCGUUGAUUCUGCUGCUCUCGAUGCUGCGAUGAAGGACAAUAAGAUUGUUGCUCGCCAACACUUGGAGACCCUUGCAAGAUAUCUCAAAUAUGAUUUGACCAAGGGAGAAAGGUUGUUGGUGAAAGAGAAGGAAGCUACUGCACUUCUACAGGCCGAACUAGAUUUGUGGGCCGAAGAGCAUGGUGAGUUUUAUGCCUCGGGGAUCAAGCCCGUUUUCUCCUCUCUCAAAGCUCGUACCUAUGAUUCUUAUUGGAAUUGGGCCAGGCAAGACGCGUUAUCGAUGUACUUUGACAUCAUUUUCGGUAAGUUGACAUCCGUUGACAGAGAGACGGUCACUCAAUGUAUUCAAAUCAUGAACAGGGCAAACCCGACAUUAAUCAAGUUCAUGCAAUACCACAUUGAUCAUACGCCAACAGAGAAAGGAGAAACGUACGAGUUGGCAAAAAAGCUUGGGCAGCAACUGAUUGACAAUUGUGAAGAGGUCUUAAACAACCCGCCUGCCUACAAAGAUAUAUCUCAUCCGACAGGUCCUAAAACUACGGUGGAUAAGAAAGGUCGUGUUGUUUACUCUGAAGAGAGCCGUCCGGCCGUCAGAAAGUUGGAGCAGUACGUUCAUGAGAUGGCGCAGGGUGGAGAGCUAACGAAAGAGUCCCAGCCAUCAAUCAAGGAGGACUUGUCUAAGAUUUAUAAGGCAAUUUCCAAACAGGCUUCGGCGGAGACCAAGGUUGAAUUUCAAAAGCUAUAUGCUAAGUUGUUGGAUUUUGUUGACAAAUCGUCUGAAAUCGAGGUCUCGAAGUCAGCGAGAGCGGUUUUGGGUGAUGAAGCACUUUUGGAGUCGGACAGCGAUACUGACGAAAUUGCUUCCCUAAAGGACUACUCUGAAAUCCAUAGUCCUGUUUCGAGUUCUAUUCCACCGGAUACCAUUCCGUUUUUGCACAUACAGAAGAAAGAUCGUUUGGGUGCUUGGAAAUACGAUAAAGUUUCGUCCUCUGUGUUCCUUGAUGGGUUGGAAAAGGGUGCCGUAAACGGUCUGAGUUUCAAAAACAAAUAUGCCUUGAUCACGGGAGCGGGUGCAGGCUCGAUAGGUGCUGAAAUUUUGCAAGGUUUACUGGCUGGUGGUGCCAAAGUUAUAGUGACAACUUCGCGGUAUUCCAAAUCGGUUACUGAGUACUAUCAACAUAUGUACUCGAGAUACGGUGCGGCUGGCUCCACGUUGGUCGUCGUUCCUUUCAACCAAGGCUCUAAACAGGAUGUCAAGGCUUUAGUCAGUUACAUCUAUGAAGAUGGCAAAAAGGGGGGUCUCGAGUGGGAUCUUGACUAUGUUAUUCCUUUCGCUGCCAUCCCUGAGAUGGGAAUUGAGCUUGACGGCAUCGACUCAAAGUCUGAGUUGGCUCAUAGAAUCAUGCUAACAAAUUUGCUGAGACUCUUGGGUGAGAUUUCUACCCAGAAGAAAAUCAGAAACACGCAGACUAGGCCGGCACAAGUCAUCCUCCCUCUUUCACCAAAUCAUGGUACUUUCGGAUCAGACGGUCUUUACUCGGAGUCGAAAUUGGGCUUAGAAACGUUGUUCAACAGAUGGUAUUCAGAAUCAUGGUCGCCAUUCCUUACUAUCUGCGGUGCUGUUAUUGGAUGGACCAGAGGUACUGGUUUAAUGUCUGGUAACAAUAUCAUUGCCGAGGGCAUUGAGAAACUGGGUGUCAGGACGUUUUCGCAAAAAGAAAUGGCAUUCAAUAUCUUGGGUCUCAUGACGCCGGAAGUUGUCAAACUUUGUGAAGAAUCGCCUAUCAUGGCUGAUUUGAAUGGUGGACUGCAGUUCAUUGAAAACCUGAGAGAGUAUACCAAUAAGCUCAGAUCUGACAUUAACAGAACUUCCGAUGUUCGCAGAGCUGUCAGUGUCGAGACUGCAAUCGAGCACAAAAUUGUCAAUGGUUCCACUGCUGACGAUCCUUUCAAUGCAGCCGAGAUUAAGCCUAAGGCUAACAUGAAGUUUGCUUUCCCUGAGUUAAAGCCAUACAAUCAGGUCAAGGAGAUUGCACCAAAUCUCGAGGGUAUGUUAGAUUUGGAGAGAGUCAUUGUUGUUACCGGUUUCUCGGAGGUUGGUCCAUGGGGAAAUGCGAGAACAAGAUGGGAAAUGGAAGCAUUUGGCGAGUUUUCUUUAGAAGGGUGUAUUGAGAUGGCUUGGAUCAUGGGCUUUAUCAAAUACUUCAACGGAAACAUCAAAGGCAAGCAACAUACUGGGUGGGUGGAUGCCGAAACUGGACUGCCUGUGGAAGACCGAGAAAUCAAGAAGAAAUACGAAGAAAAGAUCUUAAAACACUCUGGUGUCAGAUUGGUCGAACCCGAAUUAUUCAACGGUUACGAUCCAAAAAAGAAGCGUUUGAUUCAGGAAGUUGUCAUCCAACAUGACUUGGAGCCGUUUGAGACCGAUAAGGUCACCGCAGAACAAUACAAAGCUCUGCACGGGGAAUUUGUUGAUUGUUUCCCGAUCGACGGUGCAGAGGAAUAUUCUGUCCGUGUUCUCAAGGGAGCCAAGCUAUUCAUUCCUAAAGCGUUGCGGUUUGACCGGCUUGUCGCUGGACAAAUUCCAACCGGUUGGAAUCCGAAGACGUACGGUAUUGACGACGAUGUCAUCUCUCAAGUUGAUCCUAUUACCCUUUACGUGCUGGUGGCCACUGCUGAGACGCUGCUGAGCGCUGGUAUUACUGACCCUUACGAAUUCUACAAAUACGUUCACGUGUCUGAGCUGGGUAACUGUUCCGGCUCGGGUAUGGGUGGUGUUACUGCACUGAAGGGAAUGUUCAAAGACAGAUUUUUGGAUCAGCCUGUUCAAAACGAUAUUUUGCAAGAAUCUUUCAUCAACACUAUGUCUGCCUGGGUCAACAUGCUGCUGCUUUCAUCAUCUGGGCCAAUUAAGACGCCAGUUGGCGCCUGUGCUACGGCUCUCGAGUCAGUCGAUACAGGAAUGGAUACAAUUUUGUCGGGCAAGGCUAAAAUUGUGAUCGUCGGAGGAUACGACGACUUCCAAGAAGAAGGGUCUUACGAGUUUGGUAAUAUGAAUGCAACCUCGAACGCGGAUGAUGAGUUCGCGCAUGGAAGAACUCCAGCGGAGAUGUCAAGACCAACGACGACAUCCAGAAGUGGAUUUAUGGAAGCACAGGGUGCCGGUCUACAGAUUUUGAUGACUGCUGAACUCGCAUUGAAGAUGGGUGUCCCGAUCUAUGGUAUUGUGGCCAUGGCAUCUACUGCAAGUGAUAAAAUUGGAAGAUCCGUGCCGGCUCCUGGAAAGGGAAUUCUAACAACAGCCAGGGAAUACCACGGAAAUUCGAAAUUCAAAUCGCCAAAACUUGACAUUAAAUAUAGAGCUAGGCAGCUAAAAGCUAGAACUUCACAAGUCAAGGCGUGGGUCGAAGCGGAAUUGGCACUUUUGGCGGAAGAAGCCGAAUCCUUGCAGGCUGACAAUGCCUCCUUCAACAAGGAAGAAUUUAUUGAAGACCGCUCGAGAGAGAUCUCCAAAGAAGCCAAGAAACAGAUCAAAGAUGCACAGAGAAUGUACGGAAACGAAUUUUGGAAAGACGAUUCUCGUAUUGCCCCUAUUAGGGGUGCUCUUGCGACUUUCGAUUUAACUAUCGAUGAUCUAGGAGUUUGUUCAUUCCACGGUACCUCUACGAAGGCAAAUGAUAAGAAUGAGACUGCUGCCAUCGACCGGAUGAUGAGCCAUCUAGGCCGCUCUGAAGGAAACCCAGUUUAUGGUGUAUUCCAGAAGUACCUAACAGGUCAUCCGAAAGGAGCUGCUGGUGCCUGGAUGCUGAACGGUGCUCUUCAGAUUCUGCAGUCGGGCCUGGUCCCGGGUAAUAGAAACGCAGACAACGUGGAUAAAAUUCUCGAAAACUACGAGUACGUUUUGUUCCCGUCUCGAUCAAUCCAAACAGAUGGGAUCAAAGCAAUUUCCAUCACGUCUUUCGGCUUUGGUCAGAAGGGCGCGCAGGCAAUUGUCGUUAAUUCUGAUUACCUAUAUGCUGCCCUUUCAGAGAGACAGUAUUUGGAUUACCAAAAAUUGGUUUCCACGAGAUACAAGAAAUCGUACAGAUACAUGCAUAAUGCAAUGCUGAACAAUUCCUUGUUUGUGGCUAAGAGCAAACCACCAUAUAGUGAGGAUCUUGAGAGUUCCGUCUAUUUGGAUCCUUUAGCCAGGGUCUCGCUGAACAAAGAGAAAAAACUCGCCUUCGAUGCCUCGGAUAUUCAAGCCUCGCUCAAGGGUUCGGAAACCACCUCGGAAACUUCCAAGAUUAUUGCGGAUAUGGCAAAUGGAUUGACCGGUGGCAAGGGCGUCGGUGUUGAUGUUGAACUUCUUUCAUGCAUCAACAUAGACAAUGAAACAUUCAUCCAGAGAAAUUUCACAGACAGCGAAAUAAAGUACUGUCUUUCCGCGCCAUCUCCUCGGGCGUCGUUCGCGGGUACUUGGUCGGCUAAAGAAGCCGUCUUUAAAUCCAUGGGAGUCGAUUCCAAGGGGGCGGGUGCUUCAAUGAAAGCCAUUGAAAUUCUGAGAGAGAACAACGGAGCUCCUUUGGUAAUUUUGCAUGGUGAUGCGAAAAUUGCCGCGACCAGAAAAGGUAUCCAAACAAUCAAGGUUUCGAUAUCUCAUGAUGACGUGCAGUCUCUCGCACUUGCGAUCUCGGAAACUUAG